CUGAUAUACUUUUAAUAUUAUUUCAAUUAAAAUUUGUUAAAACAAUUAGUAAUAAAAUUGAAAAUCAAAUAGUAACUGAAAUUAAAAAAAAACAAUUUUUCUUUUUAAAACAUUAUAAAUCUAGUUUACAGUUUAUAAAAAAUAUUUCAAAAAGUAAUAAAAUUAUAGCGGAUUUAGAAAUUACAAAAUCAAACCUUUUUGUUGGAAAAUUAAGGAAAAGUCAAUUAUUGGGUUUAUUUGGUUUAAAUUCAAUUUUAGGAACCCAAUAA